AUGGUAGCACACAACUUCGCAGGCAUGCUCGUCAUCCGUCUCCUCCUCGGUGCUUUCGAGGCCGGGUUCUUCGCUGGCGUCGUCUUCUACCUCACGCUAUUUUACACCCGCGGCGAACUCGGCUUCCGCAUCGCACUCUUCUUUGGCAGUGCACUUCUCGCCGGGGCCUUCAGCGGCCUCAUUUCCUUUGGCGUCUUUCAGAUUGAGCAUAUCAGCAUCCCGGGCUGGAAGUUUCUCUUCAUCAUAGAGGGCGCUCUUACUAUAGUCCUCGCUUUGAUAGCGUAUGCCUGGCUACCAGCGACACCUCAAUCGGCAUGGUUCUUGAACGAGGCUGAACGCAACGUAGCCGAACGUCGUACACUCCGCGAUCUAUCCUCAUCCGGUUCCCACGAGUUUAACAUGAGAGAGUGCUUCAAGGAGUGGAACACGUGGAAGAUGCUUCCUUGGUGCAUCAUCGCCUUCACCUACCCUGUAGCUUUCAGCACGACCUCGAACUUUCUGCCUCAGAUCGUCCAACGCCUCGGAUUCUCCGUCAUCAAGACCAAUCUCUGGACCGUAGCGCCAAACGCGGUGGGCUUCGUCGUCUUGCUCUGCAUAACGUACAGCAGCGACUUCUUCCGCGAACGCACGUUCCACAUCUGCGGCGCUCUUUGCAUUUCUCUCGCCGGACUCAUCGUUCUCGCAACCAUCGACGUUCUCAACAACAAAGCCGUCGCAUACUUCGCUUGCUUCUUGCUAUGUGCAGGAGCGUACGUGCCUUCCUGUCUCGUACACUCUUGGCACAAUAACAACAAUCUCAAUGAGAACGCUCGCGCUGCUACGACCGGCCUCAUGGUCGGACUCGGCAAUCUUGGAGGCAUCGUCUCCGCUGCGACCUUUAGACAAGAGUACGCGCCAAAGUAUGUGCCGACGCUUUAUGCAACUGCGGCUUGUAAUGUUACGUGUAUCUGCUUCACACUGUGGCUGGGAGGAUGGAUGAAGCUGGAGAAUCGACGCAGAGACAAAGUGCAAGGUGUUAGACUGAGGGCGGAUGAUGUGAGAACUAGCGAAUUGGGCGACGGGGAAGAGAGUGAGAUGUGGAGAUACUUUACUUAG